AUGGUGAUCAAAUACCAAGGGACGGAGAUCCCCAUCUCAUUCGCAUCAUGCAGCAUCCCCAUAAAGACCAAGGCCAGCCUCCCCGACAAACUCAACGCGAUCAGAAAUGCCGGAUUUGACGGAAUUGAGCUGUCAAUGCCCGAUAUUAUCAGCUACGGAGAAAUACUCAAUGGAUCUUCACCUCAAGAUGAUGAUUAUGAUAUCCUCGCCAAUGUGGCGAAGCAGAUCAGAUCUUUGACAGAUGGGCUCGGAUUGAAGAUCAUGAUGCUGCAGCCCUUUGCCAAUUUUGAGGGUUGGAAGAAGGGCACGCAUGAUAAACAGAGACAACAAGUCUUUGACAAAGCGAAAGGAUGGAUCAAGGUAAUGGAGGCUGCUGGCAUUACUCUCCUUCAGGUCGGCUCAUCCGACUCUGAAGGCAUCUCAUCUUCCUUUGAUGACCUAGCAUCAGAUCUUGCAGAACUAGCAGAUCUCCUCGCCGAAAAGAACUUCAGCAUCGCUUACGAAAACUGGUGCUGGGCCACCCACGCCCCAACAUGGAAGACAGUCUGGCAAAUCGUUCAAAAGGCUGACAGACCCAACAUCGGUCUCUGUCUCGACACCUUUCAGACAGCCGGAUACGAAUGGGGCGAUCCCACCACAAACGACGGUCUCACCACAGCAAGCAGCUCUGAAGAACGCCAGAAGCGAUGGGAAGCGAGCCUUCAAGAGUUAACAGAGAUCGUCCCUGCGGAUAAGAUCUACCUGCUUCAGAUCUCGGACGCAUAUAAGAUGGAUCCCCCAAUUGAGGAUGUCAAGGAUGAGGAGGGAAGCAGACCCAGAGCGAGAUGGAGUCAUGAUUACAGGCCGUUACCGUGUGAUGGUGGAUAUUUGCCUGUGCAAGACAUGAUGGCUGCUGUUCUGAAGACUGGGUUUAGGAGCUGGUUGAGUGUUGAGGUCUUUGAUGGGCUUGAGGGAGAAAACACGGAUAUAAAUGAGUACACGCAGGCGGCUGUCGAGUCAGUCAAGAAGUUGAUUGACUUUAGUGCAUGA